AUGGUUUUACCGCGUAACUAUGGAGCAUUGGAGCAGAGAACAGUUCUGCCAGCACCCAUCUCAACGACUUCCAGCACUCACCUCAUCGACUUCCAACACCUACCUCAACGACUUCCAGCACCCACAUCAACGACUUCCAGCACCUACCUCAACAACUUCCAGCACCCACCUCAACGACUUCCAGCACUCACCUCAUCGACUUCCAGCACCCACCUCAACGACUUCCAGCACCCAACUCAACGACUUCUAGUACCCACCUCAACGACUUCCAGCACUCACCUCAAUGACUUCCAGCACCCACCAACGACUUCCAGCACCCACCUCAACGACUUCCAACACUCAACGACUUCCAGCACUCACUUCAAUGACUUCCAGCACCCACCUCAACGACUUCAACACUCUACCUCAACGACUUCCAGCACUCACUUCAAUGACUUCCAGCACUCACCUCAACGACUUCCAGCACCCAACUCAACAACUUCCAGCACCCACUUUAACGACUUCCAGCACCCACCUCAACGAUUUCCAGCACCCAACUCAACAACUUCCAGCACCCACUUUAACGACUUCCAGCACUCACUUCAAUGA